AUGUUUUCUGCAGGCGCCCUAGAGGGCCCCUGCAGCAACAUACGCCGGGAGGCCCCCGCUGCAGGCGGGUACCUGUGGACCGCUGACGGUGAUGACGCCAGUGAUGAUGAUGAGGAUGAUGACGAUGACGAUGAUGAUGAUGAUGAUGAUGGCGACGACGAUGGCGAUGACGAUGGCGAUGCGUGCGGGAUUUGCAGCGUGGACAGCGGCCCUGGCGCAGGCUGUGGCGCAUUAAGCCAGAUCCAGAUCCAUCGACAGCAGGUCCGCAGCCACAUGGAAUCAUCUACGGAGCUGGCUGCGGCCAAAGUUGCCCUGGAGGUGGUGGUUGGCUUGGGUUUCAGGAGCCGCGGGAGGGUGGUGGUGGGCCGCAGGGUCGCACCCUCCGGCUCCCUGGGUGCACCUAACGGGCUCCAUCUGGAGACCGAACGCACAAAGGGCUUCAGGGUCCGAGCGCGUGGUGCCCGUCGUGGCUGCGUAGUGUUGCCGGUCCUGGUCUCCAUGCCGGGUAUCCUUAGUGCGGUGGUGGUGGUGAUCGUGGUGGUGGUGCUGGUGCUGGUGCUGCUUCUGCAGAAAGGCUGGGUGGUGGACCGAUGUACGGCUCUGAGCCCCAGCUGGAACCUGCUGAAGGCUGACCAUCAAUGCCGCCGGGUUUUGUUCUUCUACUGCCGCUGUUGCUGCUGA